GAAGCCCAGGGACCAAACCGUGAAAAGGGCAUAGUGGACUAGGGUCCAAGCGCACCAGAAGAGAUCGCCGGCGGCGGCGAUGGCGCAGAGGGAGAAAUCCGCCGUCGCGGUCGCCUCAACGGCAACGGCGUCUCCCUCCUCUUCCUCCUCCGAUCCUCCGGCGGCGCCCUCGGGCGAGCGGUGGGGCGCCGCGAUCGGGAACCUGGGGGAGCUGGGCGCCAACGUGGAGUCGCUGCAGAAGCUGCUCGCGCGGAAGGCCGUCUUCGUCGACGAGGACGUCUUCUCCAAGGCCUCCCUUGCCGCCGAACAGACCCGCUCCAUCAAGAUUCUUGAACAGAGGGUGCUGUCUCUGGAACGCGAACUCGACGCGGCCAUUUCUGCAGCUUCUCGAGCUCGUACAGAGAAACGCCAGGCUGAAGCUGCCCAACGGGCUGCAGAGCUACGUGCACAGGAAGUCACAAAGGAGCUGGAGAACACCGCAAGAGUGUUUCAGCUGCACAUGGAAGAGCUGCGGGCGAAACAGGACGAGAUUGCUAAGAGAGAUAGUGAUAUCAAGGUGUUGGAGGCAAUAAUACGAACCCUUAGUAGCAAGGAUAAUGGUGGAUCCAGUGAGUAAUUACCAUUCACUGGAAGCAUUGGGUGUUUUAGUUGAGGGCUUGCAUUGCAUGUUCAAGCAUCUCCCAUGCAUUUAUCGUCUUCAUGUAAGCCCUUCCACAGAUGAUUGUAUAUUAUUUCCACAAGAUUGAACACUCAGAAAGCCUUAAAUGAACAUUUUCAAUGGUAUGCUUUCUUCCUGUUAUUUACC